UGACAGUGAAGUAUAGCCGACCUGAGAGCCUCGAUCUCACACGCCCAACCACCGCAGGUCCCAUGAUGCAUUCGGGUGCCUCUGGGUCUUUGGCCUUCCUCAACUCCUCCCUGACCGGCCUGCCGGCGAAGGCGGGUGGUGGCGGCAGUAACAUGGACAUGCUCUCUAUCGUCCUCUACAUGCUGACCAUCCUGCUCGGCAUCCCAGGAAACGCCAUCGUGAUCUGGGUGGCAGGCAUCAAGCUCAAGCCGAACGUCCUCAACGUGUGGCUGGUCAACCUGGCCAUCGCCGACCAGAUCUUCUGCUUGACCCGGAUCUUCUCGCUGGUGAAGAAGCUCUUCCUGGACCACUGGCCUUUUGGUGUCUUCAUCUGCAAGUUCAACGGCUUCUUCAAGUACGCCAACAUGUUUGGCUCCGUCUUCCUGCUGGCCGUGAUCAGCGUGGACCGGGCGCUCUGCAUCUGGCGGCCGGUCUUCACCAGGCGCCACCGCACACUGUGGGCGGCCAAGGUCGUGGCCGUGUGCGUGUGGGCGGCCGCCGUCGUCUUCAGCUCGCCGUACUUCUUCUACCGCCAGGUCUACCCAGACGCCAAGAACCUGAGCAAGUGCUCGGUGGAGGAGGUGGGGGACAAAGACGCCAGAAUGGUUCUCUAUUUCAUACGCUUCCUGUGUGGCUUCCUGGUGCCCUUCCUGGUCAUCCUCAGCUGUUACAUCUUGGCCGGGCAGGGCAUUCGGCGCACCCGGCUUUCAGGGAAAACCCUUCCCCUGCGCAUACUGGCCAUGCUGGUCACGGCGUUCUUCCUGUGCUGGGCGCCAUACCACAUCCUGCUGCUGCUCAGGAUGAAGGAGAAGUCCAACCCAAUUGUGAAGUUCUGGCUCCCCGCCGCAAAGGCCGUGGCCUACUUCAACAGCUGCGUCAACCCGCUCCUCUACUUCUUUGUGGGGCUCAAGUUGAAGGGGCGGUCCAGGACGUCCCUGGAGGGGGUGUACAGGAACGCGUUGACCGAAGACGUUGACGGACAGAUGGUUCAAUCCAAAGAAGACUCAGUGGAACCGAGAGGCGUGUCUGAAUGCUGAAUACAACACAUUAAAACAAUUAGAAACCUCGACUUGUAAACAUU